ACUGAGUUGCAAAACCAGACGAUGUUUUGCGGAAGGGAUCUCAACAGAUGUGAUUACAAAGUCAUCGGCAAUGUUUGGUGUUGUACAUAGGCCUACAGUAAUUCAUUUGACAUGAUAGAUGUGUUUAUUUUUUCUAGAAUAAACUUCUAAGCAUUUGUGCACUACUCAAGCAAAACCAAACCGAUAAGACUGAUACUUUCUGAGUCAGCUGUUAAUUUUUGUUGAAACAUGGACUACAGUAAUUACGUCACUCUAUACAGAAUCGAGAAUACAUAAACAUAAUCUUGAUUGGUCGGAUAUAAAAACGUUCGUCCAGUGGAACAUUAUAUUGGAUGCCGUUAACUUUCAUCACAGGUAACAUCUUUGAAGUUUAAAACCAGUGUAUAAACAAGCACUGAAUCAUUACUCUCAACAUAGGAUAUUCGAAAUAACUGUCAAAAUGUCGAGAUUCGGAGACUUUCAAUACAGCAGCCAAUCAGACUUUUCCGGAAUACCAUUCGAACAUACGUUUGAAAUAAAUACGCUACCACCAUUUAUACGGUCGCAUAUUACGACUCCAAAUGUCCCAAUUAAUAAUUCUACAAGUGAGCGAGUUUUGGACAUGGAACAUUCAUACUUCUUUAAUCCGAGCGAACCUACGGAUUAUUACAGUGAUUACGACCUAUUAAGCGAUUGCUACACGAUAUUUGUUCCGAAACAUACCCUGGUCAGUAUCUUACUCGCUAUAUCGUACUUCCUCAUUGUCAUCAUCUGUGGAUUUGGUAACGGUCUUCUUAUUUUUAUUAUUCUUUCUCAACGGCGUCUACGAACGAUUACAAAUUUAUUGAUUGUUAAUUUAGCUUUGUCGGACAUGGUGGUUGCGGUGUUAAGUGCACCCUUGUCCGGUUACUAUUACUUGAUAGAUAACUGGGUAUUCGGCGAUGUCCUCUGUCCAAUCGUAAACACUGUUAAGAACGUAUCGCUUUAUGUGUCCGUUACAACGCUUCUUGUAAUCGCAAUCGACAGAUAUCAGGGUAUUUUUCAUCCGUUGGAGCCACGAAUGACGAAGCCAAUACUGACUGCAAUCAUUCUCGUCAUCUGGGUUUUCGCUAUUUUGAUAUGCUUACCGACGCCGCUAUUCACGCAUACAAUUUCAAGUACUGACUGUAGUCGAGACAACAAGGUCAUCACGUAUUGCGCAGAAUUCUGGACCGAUAAAAAUAUCGCCCUCAUCUAUAUAACAUGUAUUACUGUACUGAUGUAUAUCCUGCCAAUGACAAUCAUGUCGUUUGUUUACGUGCGUAUUGGGAUACAGUUGUGGUAUCACAGAGCGCCUCCUGGGCACGUGACAACAGAGCGCCAACAAGAAAUUACGAAUGUCCGAAAACAGAAGACCAUACCGAUGUUGAUUACCGUUGUGCUGGCUUUUGGUAUUUGCUGGGGCCCAUACUACGUGUAUAAUCUUAUGCAACAUAUUACUCACCACUACGGGAUAGAGGGUGAGUUUUUUUCCGGUGAGCUGACUGCGUUUUACGUCGUGGAGAGUAUUGCGAUGAUGAACAGUGUUAUCAGCACGUUUAUCUUCUUCAUUUUGAACCCAGCAUUCAGGAAGGAAUUGCUGGUAAUCUGUAAGAGAAUGAGGCGUUACCGUGUGGGAUGCCCACGUUUGCUGCGUCUUAGUACGAGAGAACUGUCCUUUCAUACAUUUACACCAAAAACAAACAGCACUAACAUACCGCCGAUAGAUCGAAACGGAUACAUGCCAAUGAGAAAGGCUGCCGAAUCGAGUGAAAGCAAAGUGUAGGAUCCAAACUGUGAAGCCGGGCUGUCACUGCACUGUACGAAGUUACGACUGUCGCACGACGAAUCCAUCUCUUAAGCCCCUAUCGCACUGGACUUAAUUUGGUCAAAUUAACCGAGUCACUGGCUAAAUUGACCAAAAAAAAUCUAAUCCGAACGUCGGUUACAAUUCCCUCAGGGUUAAAUUAACCAAGCCGAAUGGUUAAAUUUACCGACCUCAGCCUGCCAUGUGAAACUUACCACGGUCUCGGUUAAACUAACCACGCUGGUCAAGAAGUCCAAUCCGAACGUGCAACACGGUUAAAACUUCUUCCAUGUUGACACCGCUCGAACAAAACCGGAAGUUGAAGUCACAAACUAGCGCCCUCAAUAAUAUUUUUUUAUACACACGGUUAAAUCUUGUUAAAACUAACCGCGUGAAUAAUCCAAGUGCGAACAAUGGUGAAAUGUACCCAUGACUUUGGUUAAAGUUACCCUAGUUAAAUUUACCAUUUUUUAAAUCCAGUGCGAACAAGGCUUUACUCCCUCCCUGUGAGCGCUAGGCGGCGCGAUGCCGUUUGCUGAUUUUCUAUGGCAGUCUGAACGGAUUGUCACUAAAACCUAAAACGAUCCGUUGCGUGCGCGUCGUUGGGUUGCGUUCUACAUAGAAUCGCAUCGGCCGACGACCGGCACUGCCCGGCUUUUUAAAUAAAACUAAUAAUAGCCUAGUAGAUGGAUUUAUAUAGCGCAAAUAGGACCAAUGUCAAAGUUCCCCUUGCCUGUUUACCAUUUAGGCCUACAUGCACGUCUGUUUCGUUUCGCAUUGGUAUACAGUACUUUAUAAUAAAAUUAUAAUAAUAUAAAAUCAUCAACUGCUUGAUUAUGUAACCGGCUGGACUGGUUGCGAUCCAUGAUGAUGAUUAGUAUAAAAUGGACAGAAAUAUCGAGCAAGUCGAUGGAAAGUUAAGAAUUGCGAAUAAAUGAAAAGAGGCAUAUCUAUGUAUAUACUGUAGCCAACAAUUAUAGUAUUGGUUAUGUUUAUAAUAGAAAAUAAUUAUAUUAUUAAUCUUUCUUAAAUACAGCAUUGUUUAUAAUAGAAAAUAAUUAUAUUAAACGUUCUUAUAGGCCUACAUAAUACAUCGUCAUCAUCAUCGUCACUAUAAUCAUCAUCAUCAUCAUCACGUAAUUUUAAUCUUUGUUUGUGUUUUGUUCAAAAUGAUGUGGCCAAGUAAUCCUCAUCUCG